AUGACUUCUGAUACUCGGUGGCUGCAGCCGCUCCUGCUCCUGUGUUGCCUACAGACCGUCCUGUCGCAGAAAGGAGACGAAAGAAGCUUCACCGGAACAGAGACAAACAAUGGGGUGUGGGUUGGCUCCCAAGCCAAAGAAGUCCUCAGCAGUAGCCUCACGACCGUCUUCCUCCCGAUCAUCUACAUCAUCGUGUUUGCUGUGGGGCUGCCCACCAAUGGCUUGGCCAUCUGGGUGUUCCUCUUCCGCACCAAGGAGAAGCACCCGUCCUCCAUCUACAUGGCCAACCUGGCCCUGGCCGACCUGCUCUUCGUCAUCUGGGUCCCCCUAAAAAUCGCCUACCACUUUAAUGGCAACAACUGGAUCUACGGAGAGGGUCUGUGCAAAGUGCUGGUGGCGUUUUUCUACGCCAACAUGUACUGCUCCAUCGCCUUCAUCACCUGCAUAAGUGUUCAGCGUUACUGGGCCGUGGUCAACCCGCUGUCCCUGCAUCAGAGGAACAACCGCUUAGCUGUGUGCGUCUCCGUCGCAGUGUGGGUGGUGAUCUGGCUUCUCACCAUCCCUCUGUACCUCUACGACCAACAGGUCCGUGUCACCAAUCUCGACAUCUUCACAUGCCAUGAUGUCACCAAGCCCAGUCAGAAGGAAAUAGCCGCAGGCUACUUCCUGACAAUGGGCAUAGUGGGGUUUGUUGCUCCCACCGUCGUGUGCAUCAUCUCCUACGUCCUUAUGCUCAAGGCGCUCAGGAACAGCAUGAUGGACGAAAACAUCGCCAAAAAGCGACGAAAGGCCGUGGUCUUGAUCAUCACGGUGUUGGUUAUGUUCUUAGUGUGCUUCACCCCCAGUAACAUAAUGCUGCUGGUGCACUACAUCCUGCUGCUGGGCGGGGCAACUGACAACCUGUACGGAUUCUACAUCACCACCCUGUGCUUGGCCAGCCUCAACAGCUGCUUCGACCCCUUUGUUUACUACUUCAUCUCGGAGGACUUCCGGGACCAUGUGAAGAACACGUUCCUGUGCAGGAGUGAGAGGACAGUGGAGAGGAUGAGGGUCUCCUUCAGCGCUCUGAAAUACUCCAAGAAGAGCAACACGUACACGUCCGACUCACGGAACACGCAGAGCACUGAAUGUUAAUGAACCGAUCUGUGUAGGUUUUAAUGAAAUGUCUUUCUUUAUUUAAAUUUACCGAGAAAUGAUAGGUCUGUGUGGAAGUUCAGGAGAGUCUCCUGUGAUGAA